CCCAAUAUUUCCUCUCUCUCGUUUCAUAUGAACAAAUUUGUCCAAGAAAGGUUUCUUUCCCAUAAACCCAAUACAGAAAAGGUGAAUAAUUUCGUGGGCAAUUGAUAAUACAGGCAAAAGAAGAAAAGGGAAAUGAUUCCUGAGCAAUGGGCGCCGCCUUGCAACAGUCAGUGCACCCACAAAUACGCAGCUCUAAUGCAAAUCCCGUGGAGAGUGUUUUGCAAAAAGGGAUGUGAUGCUGAUGGUGAGACAUGGGAUGAAUGUUUGGGCGAGUGUGACGAGAUAUGCUACAAAGACCCUGUCCUGAAGGACAAGCAAUGGAGUGCUUAUAUUGAUCGUUCGCCUGGUUCGGCUAGCUAUUCUGAGGAAUGCUUUCGUGCUUGCGUAUCUGGCUGUGGUUACAGGUUUGAUAUGCCUCUAGAGAAAAUCAAACAGGUUCACUCGAGACCACCAAAGCCUCCCCCUGAAGAGAAGCCCACACCAUCACCACCCAAGACCAAACCCAGGCCCAACUCCAUUCCCGGCCCAGCCCAAGACGAGAUGCCUUGCACAUCCGCAUAGCUAUGGUACUCAUAAUAUAUUUCACGCAAAAAAAACCCGGAAAAGAAAAAAGAAAGAAAAAAUUGAAGAAGUUUUAGGUUCUGAUGGUUUCAUUUCAGAUUUCUUUGAAAGUUAUCUACCCUGCAUUAUAUUGUUGGGAUUUUUUACGUUGAUGGUGAAUUUUAGAACAUGGAAGAUUAGCUGCCCGGCAUUAUAUUGUUGGAGCUUUUGACGUUGACGGCAAAUUUUAGGACUUAAUCAUGAAGAUAAGAUAAUCUAUCUAUUUUUCUUGUAUUUUCUUCUUC